ACGCGCCGUUUGCACGCGGUUCCGGGUCUUGGUGUUCGGUUCGCAAAAUCGCAGACCGUCUUGAGCGAGGCUGUAAAAUUUAGGAAGCUGCUUCUGUCUCUCUCCGGUUCGCGGAUCGCCCGCCGUGUCGCGUAGAGGUGAUCGGGGAGGGCCGGCGGCUGAGUUCAAACUCGCGCUGAGCCGCGAUGACCCAGUCUUUGGUUUGCCCCGAGACCGUGAGCCGGGUGAGUUCUGUGCUUAAUCGCAACAGCCGGCAAUUUGGGAAGAAAUAUCUUUUUGACGAGGAUGAGGAAACAUGCUGGAAUUCCGACCAGGGCCCCUCCCAGUGGGUGACACUCGAGUUUCCCCAUCGUGUUCACGUCACACAGCUGCAGGUGCAGUUCCAGGGCGGCUUCUCCAGUCGCCACAGCUGCCUGGAAGGUACUGGAAGGUCGCAAGAGGUGGGGGUCAAGGGGUUCCCUGGAUUCUCAGCCUCUUUCUGCACUGCAGGUUCACAAGGUGGGGACACCCUCAGUAAGAUUGUGGACUUCUACCCUGAGGACACCAACGCUCUUCAACUUCUCCAUCCCUACUGUGGAGGUGGACCGGCUGAAGCUGACCUUUGAGGACACCACGGACUUUUUUGGUCGUGUGGUCGUCUACCACCUGCGGGUGCUGGGUGAGAAAGUACUGUGAAAGCUACUGGCGCCACCUCCAGG